AUGAAAGUCAUAGAACUGUUGUAUCUGGGACGAGAAUACCCCCUAGGCUACGCUUACUUCCGACCCCGUCUUCACAAAGCCUUCAUGUCGAAAGCAGGGUUGCAAGACCAAACCGAGAUUCACAAGGGGAUCGAGCAAGCCGAAUACGUGAAGAAAGAAAUCGAAGCCUUGUAA